AUGUCCCAGAAACAAGAGGAGGAGAGCCCUGUGGAGGAGACCAGUAAGGAGAAGCAGGACACACAGGAGAAAGAAGGUACGCUCCCUGAGAGAGCCGAGGAGGCAAAGCUAAAGGCCAGAUACCCAAGCCUAGGACAAAAGCUUGGAGGCUCCGACUUCCUCAUGAAGAGACUCCAGAAAGGGCAAAAGUACUUUGACUCAGGAGACUACAGCAUGCCCAAAGCCAAGAUGAAGAAUAAGCAGCUACCAAGUACAGCACCAGACAAGAUCCUGGUGACUGGUGACCACAUCCCCACCCCACAGGAUCUGCCCCAGCGAAAGUCCUCUCUCAUCACCAGCAAGCUCGCGAGGUAA